AUGGCUCCACGCGUGGUGGGCUUGGCUGCGGCCGUGCUGGGCGUCGCAGCCGUGACCUUCGUGGCCCCCAGCACUUCCGGUGCACGCCGCCUCCGCACUCCAGUGGCACAGCCUGCUGCAAGCUUCGGAACAUCAGCAGAGAGCAACAGCCUUUAUGGCAUUUGCUCCGCUGUGGGCGGUGUUGCUUUGCUGGCAGCCGGAGCUGCUGUGAUCAGACGUGCGGAGAGCAAGGAGCUCACUGUUGAGGCCAUUCCUCGCCCAGAGGACCUUCUUGAUUCUCCCAAGUUCCCAAUGUUUGAGGGCGGCACUGGUGGCUACAUGUCGAGGUCCACCCGCGAGCGUCAUGCCAUCACAUGGACUUCCAAGGAGCAGAUCAAGUUUGAGAUGCCAACUGGAGGUUAUGCCAUCAUGAACAAGGGUGAGAACUUGUGCUACUUCAGGAAGAAGGAGCAGUGCAUUGCUUUGGGCAAGCAGCUGCGAAAGAUGAAGAUUGAGAACUACAAGAUCUACCGCUUGAAGAAGGAUGGCACUGUGAUCUUCAUGCAUCCAGCCGAUGGUGUGUUCCCAGAGAAGGUGAACAAGGGUCGUGUGCAGGUGAACGGCCGACCUUUCACCAUCAGGAGCAACCCUCAGCAGUCUGAGCUGAAGUGGACGAAGUAUCACAUGAAGUCCUACGAAGCAGAUCCAUUGACUACUCUCUUCAUCAAGGCCCGCUGCAUGGCCUUCGUGGAUGUCCCCAACCUCUUCGCGCUGCCACAGCCAAACAUGGACGAGCUGGUGCCAGUGGAGGAGGUGGACAAGUACACCAAGCAGGAGUACACCACAAGGCUUAUGGAGGCCUUGAAGAGGGUCCAGGAUGACCGAAAGGAAAAGGAGGCCAAAAGCCUCUGACGAGUGAGAGCCAUGAGUUUCUUUUUUGGGAGUUCCAGCAUAACCAGACUUAGAAUCUAUAUACGAGUAGAUUGCACAGCACCGGGGCACAACUUUU